AUGAUUUUGACGCCGACAAGCGAGAGCAACUUCAACAACCUGAAGGUUGCUCUGGAUUCGUCAAAUGCAGUGUUGAUCCAGGGCGAUAUAGGGUGUGGAAAGAGUUUCUUGGCAAACACAUUAGCGGAUAGAUACGGAGCCAAAGAGACGUUGAUUCAGGUAAAUGUCGAUGAUUCCUUUGACAGCAAAGAUUUACUGGGAAAGUUUUCAGCGACGGAUACUCCUGGCGCUUUUGAGUGGAUCCCUGGACCUCUGACUUCUGCAGUUGAGAAUGGGUUUUGGAUUCUUUUGGAGGACAUUGAUUUGGCGUCAUUUGACGUCUUUUCCGUGUUGCUUUCUCUGCUUGAAGAGUCGACAUUGUUUCUGCCUGAGAAAAACCGUCGUAUUCAUUCCCAUCCGAACUUUAAAAUCAUAGCUACACAACAGCUGCGUUCAGUUGGCGAUGCCCUUAUCACGCGUAAAAGUAAUUCUAUCCCGUUUGCAGAGCUGUGGGGCACCGUGGUGAUGGAAAAUCUCCCCCCCGAUGAGGUUUGUGAAGUUGCAAAGGCCUUGUACUCUGUGCCGAUAAAUAUUGUUCAUGCUCUGGCCACGCUCCUUUCCCCCUGCACAAAUGCUCCACUGGUGUCACUGCGAUGCUUGCUAAAGUGGUGUAAACGUGUGAACAAACGUCUAGUAUCAGUAGGUCCUCUUGGGGGAUUUCUUUCCUCAACCGUUCGUGAGCUAAUGUUCCGUGAGGCAUUUGAUUGCAUCCUGGCCGGAUAUCCUGAAGGCAAUGCGUUAAGUUCGGCUACGGAGUUGCUGGCGGAUGCCAUGGGUAUUUCAUCAAAUGUUGCGGAGUCGCUCGUGAAGGAAAAUAGGCCGGAAAUGAGUUUAACGAGAGAAUACAUCACUGUCGGUCGCGUCACGCUGCCUCUUUUUCUUUCUACAACUACCGAACGAGAGACUCGAGUUGCCUUUGCUGCCACAAAGCACGCAAUGUCUCUCUUAGAAAGAAUAGCGGUGGCUGUUGAUGCAAAAGAAAAUGUGCUUCUUGCAGGUGAAACGGGUGUGGGUAAAACGUUUAUUGUUCAGUAUCUUGCAGAUCAACUUGGACAGAAACUUAUUGUGCACAACCUAAAUCAACAAACGGACACGAGUGAUUUUAUGGGGGGCUGGAAACCAUUAGAUGUCGCUGUCGCUGCAAGGGAUGCAUACCAUAAAUUUGUGGAAUUGUUUUCUCAGACAUUUACUGCCUCAAGAAAUGUUCAGUUCUUGGACUCUCUUCAGGCUGCCGUGCGGAAGUGUUCCUGGGUAGCUGUAGUAAAACAGAUAUUGAAAGGUUUUAAUUCGUUUAAGUUAAAGAAUACCCGUCAACCUUUUUCGGAGGAUAUGGUAAAUGAGUGGUGUUUAUUGGAGAAAACAGCAGUUAAAUUGCUAAACACAUUGGAGAAGGCAAAAGCGACGUUUGCCUUCCACUUUGAAGAGGGCUCCUUGGUCAAGGCUUGGAGGGAAGGAUCUUGGAUUCUGCUGGACGAACUGAAUCUUGCAACGACGGAGGUUUUAGAACGAGUAUCUGCAGUACUGGGAGAUGUUGAUGCCUUGUUUCUCACUGAUAAGGGAAACUGUGAACCGAUAGCACGGCACAAAAAUUUCCACGUGUUUGCAAACAUGAAUCCACCCACAGAUGUUGGAAAGAAAGAUCUUCCACCUUCGCUGCGCUCCAAAUUUACGGAAUUUUACGUUAAUGAACCCUUUGAUCGUUAUGAUAUCCAUACUGUUGUUAAUGAAUAUAUUGGACAUUUGGCUCCGGACUGCAAAGCUGAAGAGAUCACCUCUUUUUUUUGGACUGCGUAG